GGUAUGCCUAUAGGUAUGCAUUACCGUUAAUCUUCUACCAUAUAUGCAUAUGUCAGUAUCAGUCAAAUCUUACCUACCGCCCAUCGUCGACGAGAAGGAGCCUGGAGGGGCCUAUCAUUUUGAAUGCAGCUAUUAUUGAAAAAAAAAACAUGUCGAGGAAAACAUUAUCGGAGUGAGCGCUUCUAUUAUAACUGAGUUUCAACGGAAGCACAUCUCGAGAAUUUCAUCCGAGGAUGGAAUAUUGAACUCACACUGUCGCCUUGGCUGCUCCUUCUUUCCUUUCAGUAUGAAUCUCCCUGAUCUGCCUCCAGGAUAUGCUGCUAGGCUUCCUCAGGUCCUAAUAUGUUCUUUUCCAGUCGAAUGUCAGGAUGUCUUCACACAGUGCGAGUUCGGCUGAAAUGACCCACUCAGAGUUCCGUCUGACCGUUUCGGACACAAGAGAACUGCCUUACGUCUUGCAACGAUGUGUGGAUACCCCCCGUGCUAACUGGAACUUGCGUGUCCCUUCUCUGUUGCAAUCUCUCUUGGCCAAAUCGAAGUUGGACGUGGCUCUUUUAUUCAGCUGGACGUAGGGGUCACGCUGCCGAGUACUAAUGGAUUUACCGCUCUUGGGAAAGACUGCGGUUGUUACCGGUUCUUCUCGUGGGAUCGGCGCAUCUAUUGCUCAGAAACUCGCUGCUGACGGUGCAAAUGUCAUCAUCAACUAUCACGCAGAUGACGCCCCAGCUUGUGUUGUUGCCAAUACUAUCAACGCUCGUGAAGGCGGUCGAGCAAUCGUGGUGAAAGCAGAUGUAGCAACGAUAGAGGGUGGGAAGCUUCUAUUGGAGAAGUGUACUGAGAAGCUAGGAGUUCCGGAUAUCUUGGUCUUGAAUGCUGGUGUUAUGGGGCAUAAGCCAUUGGCGGAGGUUGACGAGGAAUAUUACGACCUUCACUUCAAUACGAAUGUGAAGGGUCCAUUGUUUCUUGUCAAAGCCGCUGCUGGAGUUAUGAAAUCAGGCAGUCGAAUUAUCUUUGUGUCAACCACCCUCACCAAGGCAACUACCAUCCUUCCUAUGGGUCUGAUCUUCGCUGCAACGAAAGGCGCAAUCGAGCAAACAGUUCGUGUGCUCGCGAAGGAUCUCGGCGAACGGGGUAUGACUGUCAAUGCGAUCGCGCCAGGUGCUGUCGACACACCUCUGUUCCGUGAAGGCAAACCUGCACACCUAGUAAACUGGAUCGCACAGCUACAUCCUCAGAAGAGAAUACCGGUGCCGGACGAGAUCAGCCCGAUCGUUGUAUUUCUGGCGAAGGAUGAAGCUGGUUGGAUAAACGGUCAGACUAUCAUGGUGAACGGGGUGAGCACACUUUGUACCUGUGAACAUGGGAGACGGCUACAUAAUCUCGAUAGGGAUUCGCAGUAUAAACAGAAGACACGUAGUCGUGACGAUGAAUCAGAGUUAUUCGUGUUGUUUUCUUUCCGUAGUUCUGUACAUCAGGAUUUUCUUCUAACGACGUUGUCACUGAGUCUUUCCACAGUCGAUAGAAGUAUAUAUUCAAGCUCAUCCAAAGAAUAUAUUAUAUUGAAGCAGUACAAGUGAUUCGUGAAUCCAGG